AUGCCAGCCAUGCCAACCGCAAAUUUCUCUUUUCUUCCCAUCUCCUUAACGUUUGUGCAACCUUGAACAGCUAGCAUCAUAAAAUCAAUGUGUUUAUAGCUCAUUCAUCAUAUAUGUACCAUUAUUACUACUAUCAUAUACAUGAAUAAAAUGCAAUCAUAACAUGAUAGUCCAAGAGGGUCUCUCUUAGCUAAAAAUUUAAUUAACCUCACCCACCAUCCUUUCCUCACCAUUAAUACAAUAUUUAAGACAGGAAAAGAAAGAGAAAUAGAAAGAGAAGGUUUUUUUACCUUCCUAUUUUCUUCCUCUCAAGAAAAGUCGUUUUUCAAUUUCCCUUUUCAUUGUUAGGUUUAUUUGUUUGGGUAUAUGGUAAAAUGGAAAUGUCCAUGAAAGUUAGAUUUACUUUGUGCUGAUUGCAUUACUAGUAUUGGUUUUGUAGCUCCUUUUUUUUACCUAUUUCUUCUCUCUUGGCGUUGAAAGAGAAAUUAUGGACACUAUUAUUGUUGAGAGGAAGAAAAGAAUUUCCACUCUUCAUCUUCUUCUUGCUUUCUCGUUCACCUUCCUUCUACAAACAACUAUUAGAGUUGAAUGCAUCAACCUAAACUACACUAAGUACAGGCAAGUUAGUAGUUUGAGACUUGAAAGGAUUCAGAGGCACUUGAACAAGAUUAACAAGCCUCCUGUCCUUACUAUAGAGAGUCAAGAUGGUGAUCUCAUAGAUUGUGUUCACAAAAGAAAGCAACCAGCCUUAGAUCACCCUCUUUUAAAGAAUCACAAAAUCCAGAAAAGACCAACGACGAUGCCAAAGGGAAUGGAUAUGAAUAUUAAUGAAGAGUCUAGAGAAGAUGAGAGAAGUAGUAAGAGUGGUGUGGCAUGGCAAAUGUGGCACCAAAAUGGGACACGUUGUCCAAAAGGAACUGUACCGAUACGGCGGAGCACGGUGCAUGAUGUGUUGAGAGCUAAAUCUUUGUAUGAAUAUGGGAAGAAACAACGACGGUCACAACUUUUAUUCGGUCGCAAUGAGCCCCCAGAAGUUGUUAAUAACGGAGAGGGACAUGAGCAUGCGAUUGCGUUCACAAAAUCGGGGGAAGAGGUGUAUGGGGCAAAAGCAACAAUAAAUGUGUGGGAUCCAACGGUGGAAGUAGUCAACGAAUUUAGUCUUUCUCAAAUUUGGAUUCUUUCUGGAUCUUUUGGUGGCUCAGAUCUUAAUAGCAUUGAAGCUGGUUGGCAGGUCAGUCCGGAGCUUUAUGGUGACAGCAGACCCAGAUUAUUUACUUACUGGACGAGUGACACAUAUCAAGCAACUGGAUGCUACAACCUUCUUUGUGCUGGUUUUGUUCAAACAAAUAGCAAGAUAGCCAUUGGAGCUUCCAUUUCUCCUCUCUCUUCUUAUAAUGCCAAGCAAUUUGACAUCACCAUACUCAUCUGGAAGGAUCCACAACUUGGGAACUGGUGGAUGAGAUUUGGUGACGGCACAUUGAUAGGGUAUUGGCCAGUAGAGUUAUUCACACACUUAGCCGACCGUGCCACCAUGGUCCAAUGGGGUGGCGAGGUAGUGAACAGUCGCGCCAAUGGCCAACACACCUCCACUCAAAUGGGUUCCGGCCACUUUGCUGAAGAUGGCUUUGGAAAAGCAAGCUACUUCAGGAACCUUGAGAUCGUAGACACCGACAACAGUCUCACCUCCGCGACCAACAUCUUAACCUUAGCCCAGAACAAAAACUGUUACAAUAUCAAGAGCUCCUACAACAACAAAUGGGGCACAUACUUUUACUAUGGUGGCCCUGGCAACAAUCCACAAUGCUCGUGAUCAUCAAAUGAUUAUAUUAAACUGGUGAUCAUCACUAUUUCUUUCAUUCCAGUUUAGUACUUAAUUAUAUAUAUGUAGUAUAAUUCUAAAAUUAAUUAGCUAGUUAAUUCACGUCCAAGUCAUCUUUCUCUGAUAGCUAGUUUCAUGUUACAUAUUCUUUACUUGUACGUAAAUAUAAAAUUGUUGUUGAGCCAUUUCCAUUCUUGUUUCUGCCACUUACGUCCUUCUUGUUUGUUGAUUGAGUGCAUAAAACAUGACUGGAAAUGGUAACAUUUGAAUGACUUUAAUAUAUCAAAUGCCAAGCUCAAUUUUCCCCCAA